AUGCUCGCGAAGCGUGUCCCGACCGCAGCACCGCUACACGCUGGAGGCGCUGAUGAAAUAGCGCGGGCCGCAGGCACGGCCUCAGUCGCAAGCCACUUCUCCGCACGCGUCGCCCCGAUCCUCUUGCUGCUCACGCUAUCGACGCUGCCGCUCUCCCGCGUGCACAGCGUCAGCGCGUCCGUUGCCGGCGCUCAGCCCGUGCUGUAUGCCAGCAGCCGCGACAGCGAGGAUAGGGCACUGCUGGAGGAUAUCACAGAGUCGCCUGCGGCGGCGCUGCUCGCGCUGCCUCCAGGAGAGCGGCAGCGGCAGGAGUCGUUGCAGCGUCUGGAGGACGAGCGGCUCGAGCAGUGCCGCGCCGCGCGCAUGUUUGACACCUGCUUCUUCUUUGGCACUGCUGGGCCAACGGCCGAGAGAGCGACCGCCCGUGCAGGGGAGGGCCGUGCCACACAGCCACAGUCACAGGGCGGGCGGCCAGUCCGGACAUUGCCGACCUGGUGA